AUGAAAGUGAACAUGAACCUGCCAAAUCAGAAUUGUCUUCGUCUUAAAUAUCUUAGAGGUCAAGGAUACGAUGGGGCUGCAGCUAUGAGUGGCAAAUUCAAUGGCGUUCAAGCUUGUAUUAGGGAGUCAUAUCAUAGCACAAUAUAUGUUCAUUGUAGUGCACAUAACUUAAACCUAUCUAUAUCAUAUGCUUGUAGUGUUCCCAGUAUCAGAAAUGCUAUGGGGACACUAGAAAGCAUUUAUGCAUUUCUCAAUACUCCAAAGCGACAAUUUGAGUUUACAAAACAUUUAAAUAAAUUUAAGGAAGAUACUUCUUUUUCAAGUCAAAAAGAAAAAUUAAAAAGACUAUGUCCUACUCGAUGGNUCAGUUACUUUCAGCUAUUCAAACAUCGGAAUUCAAUGUAAGUCUUAUUAUUAUUUAUAAAAUAUUUCAAUAUACAAAAAAUCUUUGCACAUAUUUACAAAAACAAAACAUAGAUUUAUUUCAAGCUUUAAAUCAUGUAGAUAUAAUAAUUUUUCAACUCCAAAAUAUAAGAAGUAAUUGUGAUGUAGAAUUUCAUAAGUAUUUUGAAGAAUUAACAGAAAGAUCAAAGAAAAUUGAUUUUGAAAUUGACAUUCCUAGAAUAGUCAAACGACAAAAGCAUCGAUCAAACUAUCAUACAGAUAAUCCUGAAAAAUAUUUUAAAAUAAGUGUACUCCUUCCAUUUCUGAACAAUUUAGUGCAACAAUUAAAUGACCGAUUUAUAAACCACAAAACUAUUAUAGCUGGCUUUUAUUUUCUCAUUUCUAAUAAAAAUUAUAAUCAACAAGCUAUCAAAGAUUUAAGUGAGUUUUAUUCUGAUGAUAUUGAUCAAGAAGUUAUUGAAACAGAGGUAAAAUUAUGGCAUACACAUUUGGAAAAACUAAACAUAAAAAGUGUUCUUGACGCUCUUGAUAACUGCAAUAAAGGCCUAUUUCCAAAUGUUUUUAAACUCCUUCAAAUAUUUGCAACAUUGCCUGUCACAUCAUGUGAACCUGAAAGAAGUUUUUCUACAUUAAAACGAAAAAAACUUAUCUUAGAAAUUCUAUUGGCCAGUUUAGACUUAAUGGAUUAG